UAACUUUCAGUGGAUAAAAAUCAUGCGCUUUCAUCCUCAUCUUUAUCCUCAUCAUUUUCUCAUCUUUACCUUUUCUUCGACUCUUCAAGUUCAAGAAAGCUCUACUCAAAUACCCAGUAAAGUGAAAGUCAGAGAUGUGUUUUUAAAAAAAAGUGUAACUAAGGAUUAAUUUUAGCAUCAUGCGACAAUUUACUAUCUCACUGAUUUUAUUGUUAAUUGCUACAACAGUCCAAGUUGCAAAUAGUGAGAAUGAACCUAAUUCAGAAGAGUUGAAUACAGAUGACUAUGAUGAUGAUUCAGAUGAUCUUGAAGAUUCUCCUGAUGAUCAAGACUUCCACUUUGAAGACAAGAAACCCUUUUAUAAACAGAAAAAUCAUGUCAAAGAUAGAGUAAAGGAGAUUUACUUGUCUUGGGAUCUUGAUCUAUGCAAAGAUGUACAAUGUAAACCUAACCAGGUCUGUUUGAUACAAAAGUCUCGUAAAUCUGCAAUUUGUGUUCUGAGAAAGUCAAUUAACAGGAAAAAAGCUCAAUCCAAGAAAGACGCUAAAUGGUCCAAUAAUAGCAAAAAGUUGACACACAAAGUAUCCGCCUCAAUAAACAAGUCCAAUAAUCAGGUGAAAUCCUGGGAUUCGUCAUACUUGCCAUCUUCAUUCCCAUCGUCAUCUGUUGCACCAUUUGAUAAAACAAAACCAUGGAAAGAUUGUAGGCCCUGCCCUGUAACCAAACCAGCAUUUUAUUGCGGAACGGACAAUUCAACUUAUUCAUCCAUGUGUCGCCUCCAAUUUCACAAUUGUGUCCACGAGACUGACGUUGAGGUUGCCUGUAAAGGUUUUUGUCCCUGUGGAAGUCCAGUGAAUGUUCAUACUCGGACCAAAGAGGUGAGGAACCAUGAACGCUGGAAUAAGUACAUGGAUACACUGAGUAAACUGAGAAGGAGCCAUAAAGUUGAGAAAUUUGUCAAAAAUCGUGCCAAAGUUGCGCUAGAGUACACUGGCUUGUACCAUGAUGGAGUUGAUGGGAAAAAGUCUUUGAAAAAACAGAUCGCUAUUUGCACCAAAGAAGAGCUGAAAACAAUGGGCGAUAGACUAUCUGAUUGGUUUGCCGUUGUUUUACGCGAUCAAAAGCGAAGUCAACUCAACAAGAAAGAAACCUUUUUGGAUUACAUAACCAGUCCAGAUUGUCCAAAAGAUAUCGCAAAUAUGUUUCACCGUCUUGAUACUGAUGAAGAUUUGAGGCUAUCUCUCAAAGAACUUUAUGAUUUAGAACACGAUAAACGAGAAAAAUGCCUUAAACAGUAUCUGGAUGGUUGUGAUGAAGACAGAGACACUUUUUUAAAUCCUUAUGAAUGGUGUUCUUGUUUUGAUCGCAAAAGUAAACCAUGUUUGAUUGAAAAAUCGCAGCGAAAAAAAGUGUAUGAUGAAUUUGUUCCAAAAUGUGACAAAGACGGUUUCUACCAGCCAAUUCAGUGUCACUUGCAUAAAUGUUGGUGUGUUGAUCGAUAUGGAAUAGAAAUUGAAAAUACAAGGCAAACAGAAAUUCCUGAUUGUGACCACAAGAGUAUUGCUAAAAGAAAGGAGGAAAAGAGGAACAUCUACUCAUCGGAUAAUGCUCGAAUAACUGAUGACGAUCUUGAUGAUUCUGACGACUCUGACGAUUCAGAUGAUUCUUUCGACGGUUCAGGAGAUGAUCCUUAGAAUAUUUUACUGAUACAAAGAAAACUUUCAUUCAAUAAUUAGCAUACUAAAUUAUAAUUACUACUUCUUCAAGGGCAGUUGAUAAGUUACUUUAUGUUUCCAAGCUCAAUAUUGCCGGCAAAAAAGGAUAAACUCGCACAUUCACAAACAAUUGCAAUCCAAAGUCGAAGUCGUCGCUAGUCAAUAAUAACGUUUACAUUCAUCAUAUAUUGAAAUUCAUUUUCAAAAUAAACCAUUUUUAAUGCUCAUUCCAGUAAAUUUUGAGUCAGGCUCGUAGGAUCCAAGGAGCACAAGCAAAGACAAAUGUUUUUAUACAUUAUCGAUUCCUUAACCGGUUAUCCUGAAAUUAUAAGCAACCAAUUAUUUCCUGAUCAUUUCUUAAAAUGGGAAAUGUUAUUUCAAUAUCAACUCAAUUUUUGUGGAUUGUUAAAAGAUUCACAAUCAAUUAGCCAUUUUAUUUAAAUUUGGAAGAAACAAAUCCAACCAUUGUUAUACAUUUAACAUUCGAAGAUGCAAAUUUUAUUGCAACCGUGUUUUAUUUAAACAAAAAUCUUGUUCCUCGUAAAUUAAGUUAUGUUAAUAACCUGUCCAUAAUCAGAAACUAUUAUCAUUUAAUUGUAAAUUAAUUUAGAUCUUUUCCUUGACCAUGAUAAAUUGAACAAUAACAAUUUGUCAUAAAAAUCUGUCGAAAAAUUUUUAAUGCCAAAAAUUAUUGUUAAUUCUUACUUCAAACUUACCAAUUGAUAUGUAAAUCAAAUGUAAUUCAAUUGUAAAACCGUAUUGAUUGUAGACAGAUCAACAGUUAGCUAAUGUAAUAACAUCUCUGCGGUCUAAGUAAUCCAUCAAUACAAUCAAACAAGUUUCAAACUGUUUCUAAAACAAAACAAGAAUCUCGUCUGAAUUUGAUAA